GCUCUCCCUCUCCCUUUUUUUUCACUUUUAUGACGUCACCAACCUGCAAUUGAACGAAUGAACUACCGAAGGACCGAGUCCCCCACCGGAGCUACCGGGAGGCAGUGAUAUUACAGAGCGAGUCCCCGCCGCCCGGAGGAGCCAAACCGAGGAAGGUCCACGGUCAGCCGCUGAGAGAAAGCCGUGCUGGGAUCAAACGAUGCUCACCGCCGCCGCCCAGUAACACUGACUAUCGACGACCGGUGAAGAGGAGAACCGUUACCGUGAUUUACCGACAGAAAAAAAAACCAGAAGACAGACGGAGCGCGGACGGACGUAAGGACAGACCCCCGAGAACCACGCUCGAGAAACAGCUAAUCUGCGGUGGCUCCAUCGUGCCGUUUCUGCGCCGUGGAUCAGACAGAGCGGAUCCUUGAUUUUUAAAUGCUGUAACGGUGCCGUGUCGCCGGCUUGAGAGCGAGUGAGAGAGAGAGAGGGAGCUGCCCAGAGAGCGAGAGAAAAGACACAGGGAUCGUAGAGGGUUUCGAAGGCACCGCACAGAAAAAAAAGGAGGAAAUUAACCAAGAGAGAGGGGAGAAAAAAAAGAAAAGGGAGUAGCGACCUGCGUUGUUUCCACGCACCAAGUUUUCAUUGAAAAACCAACGGUUCCCUUUGCAUUUCUGCCGUGGAUCCCGGUAUCGGUAACGCAUUCAAGCUGUGUUCUCUAACCAUGGGAUGUACUCUGAGCGCAGAGGAGAGGGCGGCUCUGGACCGGAGCAAAGCCAUCGAGAAAAACCUCAAGGAGGACGGUCUGACCGCGGCCAAAGAUGUGAAACUGCUGCUGCUCGGGGCUGGAGAAUCAGGGAAAAGCACCAUCGUCAAACAGAUGAAGAUCAUCCAUGAGGACGGUUUCUCUGGCGACGACGUAAAGCAGUACAAGCCUGUCGUUUACAGCAACACCAUCCAGUCUCUGGCUGCCAUCGUGCGUGCCAUGGAUACACUGGGCCUGGAGUACGGAGACAAAGAACGGAAGGCGGAUGCUAAGAUGGUGUGUGAUGUGGUCAGUCGCAUGGAGGACACAGAGCCUUACUCCGCCGAGCUGCUCUCCGCCAUGAUCCGUCUGUGGUCCGACUCAGGCAUCCAGGAGUGUUUCAGCCGUGCCCGAGAGUACCAGCUCAACGAUUCAGCGCAGUACUACCUAGACAGCCUAGAUCGGAUUGGUGCGGCAGACUACCAGCCCACAGAGCAGGACAUCCUGAGGACCCGAGUCAAGACCACAGGAAUCGUCGAGACACACUUUACCUUCAAAAACCUCCACUUCAGGCUGUUUGAUGUGGGAGGUCAGAGGUCGGAGAGGAAGAAAUGGAUCCACUGUUUCGAGGACGUCACAGCCAUCAUUUUCUGUGUGGCGCUCAGCGGAUACGACCAGGUGCUGCAUGAGGACGAGACCACGAACCGCAUGCACGAGUCUCUGAAGCUGUUUGACUCCAUCUGUAACAACAAGUGGUUUAAUGACACCUCCAUCAUCCUCUUCCUCAACAAGAAGGACAUUUUUGAAAACAAGAUCACUAAGUCACCACUGGCCAUCUGCUUUCCAGAGUACACAGGUCCAGACACUUACUUGGAGGGAAUAGCCUACAUUAAGUGUCAGUACGAGUGCAAGAACAAGUCGCCCAACAAAGAAGUCUACUCCCAUGUGACCUGCGCCACCGACACCAACAACAUCCAGUUUGUGUUUGAUGCAGUCACUGAUGUCAUCAUAGCUAAUAACUUGCGGGGGUGUGGCCUGUAUUGAUGACUCUGGUCGAUGUUAGCCAACAGAUGAAGGAUGCUUGACUUGUGUUUACCUUUGCUUGCUACCACAUGGGUUAUGUGGCCCAUGUUGGUGAUGUCAUCACUCACAUGUGAGGCAUGUUCUGUGUUCAUGCUGUCUCCAUUAUGCUUUGCUGUAAGACUGGCCAUUGGUCCAACGUGACUCUUAGUUAAUGUAUUGGUUGGUUGAGUGGCUGCUUGGUUGAUGGACUCAUUUGCUGGUUGAGACUUCUUUUAAUAUAUUUGUCUCUUUGUUACCUCGCCCUGUACUUUGUAGGACCCCAACACUUGUUCUUACAUACAGUAGUACUAUGUUACUAGAGUGAUUGCAUAUUCAAUCAAGUGCCUCCAUCUUAGGGGAUCAUCAGCAGUCCCCAAAGCUGGUGUAACAGCAAUUAACUCUCGAUGAUGGAGUAUUUCUAAUCAAUGUAAUUUAAUUUUGUGUUGUCAUUGAUCGAUUUAGAACUGAAAAUCCCAGUCACUCUCAGUUUACGUCACACCGAUGUUCUCCAGACUCUCCAUCAUGUGUGCAAAAUAUUAAACGGUUGACAUGAUCAGCCAACUAAGAAGAAGCAAUGAAACAGUAUUUAUGGAUUUUGGCUUAAUUACCGGUAUUUUUGAUAUGUUGUAUACAUUGUUCUGUUUUAAUUUCUGAUGACACUCACUCGAAUGGAUGCGAUGCGCUUCAUAGUGUCUGACUACAUUGUUGCACUAAACCACGCUCUGUUAAUUAUGGAGCUUCAGUUACCCGUAAUGUGUCAAUGAAUAAGACAUUAUGAGCUGAAUCAUCAUAUAAAUAAAUACAGAAAAAAAAACAAUGAUAGUAAAAUAGCUCAUCAUCAUUAUGAAGUGUGCGUUAUACAGUAAUUAAUAUCUAUUAUAUAUUAAUAUAUAUAAUAUAUAUUAAUAGCUGCUGAGCCUAAUAAGAGGCUUAGAUCUGUUUAAUGUGAGAGAGGUCAGCAGAAUGAUAGCAGUAACACUGACUUUACAAACUCACUGACAUUUGCUUUAAUUGCUUUAAAGAAUAGACAUGAACCGUGAUGGAAUGUCAAAAUAAGAAUAUAUAAGAAGUUUCAAUUAUGUAUAAGAUCAUUUCAGAUGUUAUUAGUUUGUAUAUUUUUCUGUACUUUUUUAUGAUGAUGAUGGAUGAUUUAGUGACAGUAAUAUGUCUCAUUAUGAAAAUGUCUUAUUCAUCACAUUUAACGUUGCCCAUUUUGUAGUUCCAUAUCAGACAGUUACUUAAGACAGUGAUUCAACAAGUUCUGUAGGACAGAUUAAUAAACCAGAGUCUGUUCAUCUGGUCCUGUCCAGACUGUGAACAGCCUCACACCAGCUUCAGUAAAGCAAAGCCUCGCUCACUGAAACCCUGUGGGAGGAGAGAGAUUAUCAGAGUGGACUGUUGUUCACAAUAUUAAAUGUAAUGAGACCAAAGGUAAUCCCACUUAACAAACAUGACUGUUUUUCUGUAGACACAUCUCUUUUCUUUUUUUUUUUACUACAGUGCGAAUUUCACAGAACUUAUGUUGACUAGCAAUCAUAUUUAUCUGAAUCCCCCUAUGUGUUUGAUUUGAACCAUUCUGAUUUUUAUUUUUUAUUAUUUUGAAAAUUAUUCAAAUAAUUAUUUAUUUUAUAUUUUUGGUGUCCAUUCACUCGAGCAUAGACGUGGUUGUUGGCAGUUUGGUCAUUUUGCUGAACAUUAGUGUGUUUUACAGUAAUUAUCAUUUUGUUGAAAACAACCCAGCAGGACUUCAUAAAGCAGAACUGAAUGUGUUUCGACAGCAUCAUUAUCACAAAGCCGUGGUGUUUUGGCCUUGAGAUCAUUUCAUUUGGGAGUAAAUUUGUUUUUGGUCCCUGUUGAGGAAUGUAAUCAAAAUUGUGCUUUGAUCAAAUUUCGAGGAGGUAUACGGUAUGAAUUCUUGUUUUUUCAAACGUGUUGCUUAUAUUUAAAUGUAUGAUCUUUCAGUCGUUAUCUUUGUUAUUUAUUCUGCUAUCUUUCUUUGUCCCUGUGGAUGUCACCCCGGUCAUAUUUUAGGAUUGAUUUUCUCAUGUUGCGGAGUGCAUGGGUCCACUCUCUAAAAUCACUAUAAAAAUGAGCUAUAAGAGGUAGUGUGCUGACUCAACCGCAGAUUCCCAGAGUAUGCAUCAAAGGAAGCAUUGAUUUUAUGGGGCCCUGGGGACGAAUCCAUUGUGUUGGGCUGCACAGUGUAAUAUCCCUAUUGUCCACCACUCUGGCUUAAUAAGCCAGAGGUGAGCCUUGAAAGAUUGUGUGCUGGUGAGUACAUACGUUCCUCUGGGACUAGAAUGUCAACCAUGUUUUAGCCCUGAUGUUUUUGCUCUCUGCUGAGCGACUCGUCCCGGUGCUACUGCAGGAUUGAGGUUUGAUGUAGCGAGCGGCUUCAUGAAAUGAAAAGUGAUGUGUGCGAUCCGUGGGAAGGGCUCCAGUUUGGUCCUCGAUGCGUAAACCGAAGAGAUUUUUAGGAUGCCAGCAAAAUCGGUUUGUCCCUUCUCUCUUUAUAAGCAACAGUUUACAUCCCCACAUAGAAACUGAGCUUUGUUUGUCUGUCUGACUGAGCAUGUUUGCAAGUGUUACUGUUGUGAGUGCUCCCUGGCAAACAGAGGCAGAGAGCUUCUUUAUUUAUUUAUGAGCAGGGCAUUUAUAUAUUCCACUCUUCCCUCGGCUCUCGAACAGCGGCGGCGUGUCUCCACACUCCGCUCAAGCUGACAUUUUGGAGAGAAAAAAUAAAGCAGGUGGGUGACGUCAUCGGCUCCUCCUAUCACAUCUGUGCCAACUUUUCCCAAUUAGAGACCAAGAGCUGCCUAGGGCUGCUGAUCAGCCUGCUGUGUGUGUGUGUGUGUGUGUGUGUGUGUGUGUGUGUGUGUGUGUGUGUGUGUGUGUCUGUUUGUGUGCACAAUUUUUUUCUGUGUCUGUAUCUGUGUAUCCCCUGUGUGUUCUGUUUCUUCUCAUUAUAUAGAGUUACCUGCAUGUUUGUCUGGUGAUAGUACAGGAAAGGUCAUUGUGUGUGUGUGUGUGUGUGUGUGUGUGUUUGUGUCUGCGUGUGUGCAUGCUUAUUAACAUCGUGGCACGAGAGAUAACAUCAGCCCAUGGGUGUUGUGGUACAGUCAGUAACUGUGGAUUAAUUACCCAGAAGGCAUCUGUCUACCCUUUCUACACACACACACACACACACACACACACAUACACACACCUAGGGCAAAAACACACCCAUGGGACUUCAAAAUGUCACAACACCUUGCUUGCUAAUGCCAUAUAAUACUGCUGUAUCGAGCCGAAGAGCCUCACAUGAUUUUGGUUCUUUUGCCAAAUGAAGCCAGCUGCUGAAUACUUUUAGUUUAUGAUCGUGUCCUCUGGCAUAAUACACCCAUGACAUGAUGUGAGAGUACAGUGAUGUUACUGCAUCAGCUCCGUGAUUGUUGGUUUCAGGAAGUGCAUCGCCGAUGGUGACAUAACUUGAAGUGUACAUAAAACAUCAGAAGCGUUCGUGCUGGAGUGAUGUGAAAAGAAGUUCACAUAAAAGAUUUCUAUUAAUUCACUUCUUGAUGUCAGUGUGCUUAGAAGGUAUUCUGUUUUUUAGAAUACCUAUCAAAGUGCCUAUGUGUCCAGUUUUAUUUUAUAAUUUGCAUAAAAGCCAAAUAUUUCAAGGAAAUGUAUUUGAUGACGAGCCGUUCUAAUUGUAACUUGUGGACUAGAGCAGAAUCAUGCCUUGGCACAAUAAUAUUAAAGAUUCUUCUGUUCACCUGCACGCCCUGUAAAAUUGUCAUAACAAGUUUAAUUGUCUAUAUGAGGUAUAUUUUAGCAUCCCCCUCACUCCCCCACUGGAGACAUUUUUGUUUUUAAUUAAACGAAGACAGCCCUCUCCUCUUUUGAUAUAUUGGUGUCUUUAUUUUUGUGCCUGAAAGCCUGAGGAGCAGCCAACAGUAGACAUGGGCUGUGGAACAUGGGCUGGUGAAAUUUCCCUCCCUAAUGAGUUAAAAAGCUCCAAUUCGCACUCAGAUGAAAGGAAAUGCCUACAUUUAUGUUUACCCUCAGGGUGGUAAUGGCAGCAUACUGUUCGAGCUUUGUCUACCAACUUCCUUCAUGCCCAUGUUAACCUCGGGCAGCACACAGACCGGGAUGUAUCCAAGAUCCAGUUGUGUGGCUUCAUCAGGGCAUACUUAAUCAGCCAGAGUUUAAAAGUGGAUUAUCCCUCAAUUUAUUUAUAAGAAGUAACAACACUUGAAUGUAUCACUACAUUAGCAGGGGACUGAAUUGAAAGGACCAUAGCUGUGUUUUUUGCACAUUUACAUCAUACGCAAAUCACAUACAGUCUGCUUACUGUGUAGGGUUUUUUCACCUUUUAAACAGAUUUAAGGCACUGAAAUUGCCUUGCAGACAGUAUUGUUGUUUGAAAAACCAGCUCCUGGCGCAGAUUGACUUUGUGUCUAUUACAUCAUCACACUAAAGUAUUGCAACUAUAGCAACACAGACAUGGUAAUGGUGAUCUCAAGCAAAGCUUUUUUAAGUUGAAUGAAAAGAAGUAGAAGUGAGCAGUGACAUGUUGAUGAGGUUAUAAAGCAGAGGAGCCCACUUUUUCCAUUAGAGGGCCAAAACUAAAACUUAUUGAGGUCAGUGGGCCAAAAGCGAUCCCCUUCUGUAUUGUGUCGUUAUGAUGCAGAAAUGGUACUACGAUCCAAUGUUUACUCAAAUGGCGACUUCCUGCACAGUGUCGCUCUGCUGCAACAUGCAGAUUAUGAAUAAUUAUUACAAAUUAGGGAUCCUACAACAUUUUCCUUGGAAUAAUUGAAAUUAAACAUCUGGUUGGCAAACCUUGUGGCGGGCCCUGUUCCAGAGGCUUGGUGACAUUUGGACUACUUGUAGGACUGGUUAGAAAACUACCCCUUUACAACCAGCCAACAUGCAACAUGUCAGUCAAUAAGGAAUCUGUAAAGGCGGUAAAAAUAAGCUUUCCUUGCACACUACCUAGCUGUCUAACUUUGUUGCAAAUUCAAAAGCCAUAUUUUUGUACUAUCAACUAUGUUGUAGCUGGUUUCUGGGUGGAGCAGUUAAUAUUCCAACAGAAGAGGUUCACCACGAUACAGUAGCUUCCUCCAUAUCUGAGUUUCAUUCCCUUAAAGGUCAGCACUAUCCAGACAGCUUGUUAUUGGUCAAAGGCUCCAGUUUGUGUGUUCACCAGACUUUAGACUAAAAUACUCCCGUGAGCAAGUCCACUUAUUGUGGUGACUCCAUCCAAAUGAAUUGAUAUUUCUGGAAAACAUGCCUUUACAAAUCUAACACACACAUUGCAAAAACAGUGUAGCGUAUGGGAUGUGUAGUAAAAGGACACAAAAGCUGCCCACUGUGUAAAAUUGAAAGCUUUGACUUUUUCUUAAAGGUGAUACCAACACAGUGGGGAAAAAAGUGUGUCUCGCAUCACACGGGACCAGUUAGUUUCCCCUCUCGUGUAUUAUACUUACAUUUCUCCUCAUUAGUAUGUGGAGACGGGCUUCAGGCCUCCUCUGAGUGGAACUACCAGCAGAACUCUGUGUGUGUGUGCCUGUGUGUGUGUGUGCCUGUGUGUGUGUGUGUGUGUGUGUGUGUGUGUGUGUGUGUGUGUGUGUGUGUGCACGCACGCUUUUCACAACCUGUCCUUACUCCUGAUGACCUGCUAAUAAACCCUAGACAACCAGAGCAAAAUGACAGCAGCAGGCGAGGCAGAGAGGAUAGUGGGUAACGAAGUUUAUGUGCUGCUUCAGCCCCUGUAAUAAAUAAUGGACUCCUUAAGGCUGCAGGAUUUGUGGGUUACGUAGUCUGAGGCUAUGGUAGAGAGUGUUUAUGGCCAAAAGUGGGGAUAUUUUGUCUGUGUGUGUGUGUGUCUGGCUCUGGCUCUGAAUAAUACAAUCAGUGGUUCAUUCAGGUAACAAAGGUUCUAGUUCACGUGGCAGCAGGUGGCAGCACAAAAGAAAAUGUUAGCACCUUGUGUCAGUUAGCGUAAACAGUUUCCCACAGUGGCAGCCGAACGACGAAGCAUUCUGACUGAAGUUUGAUCCUGGAGUUUAGUGCCAAAUGUUGUUUGCGAAGCACAAUCCAAACGAGCUUCUGUGGCAUCUUUUUUCGCUGACCUAUUUAUGCUUCAGAUUUAGAAAGUAGAGUUUUGCCUGUAAAUGCUUUCUGGUGGUCUUAUAACAUGUACACAUCCCAUCCUGCCAAUUGAUGAAAUGAACACGUAAGCCUGUGCAGAGGCAGGGAGGUGGAGCUCCACUGCUGGAGCGAGUGAGGAUUCAGAAAGCUGCAGGGAGCUGAUGAACUCUGUAGAAUUACGGAAGUAUAGUGUAAAGCGUGUUAAAUGUCCCCGCGCUCUUCAUGUUCUCAACCAUCAACUGCUGCAGUGUUUUCAGGCUUUGACCCUCCCACCCCCUCUGCCGAUGCCAAUCAAGGCCUGACUAAUACUGUACAGAUCACCUACAGCAAAAUCUGCAGAGCUGUUUUGUGUGCAUUCGCUUGUACAGUACAUGUGAAUGAGUGUGCGUGUAUGCGUGUUGUAUUUUACUGAGCACUGUAAGUAAAAUAUGUCUGCUGUAUCUCCCUCACUGCUGUGAUAAUUUAUUGAAAGUUGUAUUUAUACAAGACAAAUGAUAAUAAAGCACCACAUGAGUAAC